UCUCACACACACACACACACACACAGCCACAGCCACAGCGGAGGAGCUAACUUCACCCACCACUAUGUUCCACGCGGGCACCAAGCGCUGCUUCACGAUCGAGUCGCUGGUGGCGAAGGAGAACAGCCCGCUGUCGCCGGACGAGUCGCUCCGACCGGCCGCUCUCAGCUACCCGACCACCGCCGACGGCUUCCCCAACGCCUUCCAGGCGCCCGGCCGCUCCCUGUACUCGGGGCCGGACCUGAUGUUUCAGGAGGCAGUCGGUCACCCGGCGCUGCCCGUUCACCACCCGCACCCGCUCAGCUCGCAUCACCUCCAGACCCCGCACCCCUUCUUCUCGCCUCAGCACCGCGACCCCCUCAAUUUCUACCCCUGGGUCCUCAGGAACCGGCUGUUCGGACACAGGUUUCAAGGGCCGGACGGUGCGCAGGAGACAAUGCUACUUCACGGCCCGUUUGCCCGCAAGCCCAAGCGGAUCCGCACGGCCUUCUCACCGUCUCAGCUGCUGCGUCUCGAGAGGGCCUUCGAGAAGAACCACUAUGUGGUGGGAGCCGAGAGGAAGCAGCUCGCUGGCAGCCUCAGCCUGUCCGAGACACAGGUGAAGGUUUGGUUUCAGAACAGGAGAACCAAGUACAAGCGGCAGAAGUUGGAGGAGGAGGGUCCCGACUCGCAGCAGAAGAAGAAAGGUUCACACCACGUCAACCGUUGGAGACUUGCCACCAAGCAGUCCAGCCCCGAGGAUAUUGACGUCAUCUCGGAAGACUAGCCCGGUGGCUCUGGGGCCAGGGGAACGAGACGGGUCCCAGCGGAUCCAAACUGAAGCGUGGACAUUUUCCCCACCAGCGUACAGGGGGGGGGGGGGGGCACCCGGGAAGUGAUGGGCCGAGUGGCCAACUCCGGCACCUAGAGUCUACAAACCGACACGUUGACAAUCGCCCGGCAGUCCCACAGCGGAGACUGGAUCCGACAACCAACCUCGUGGAGUGUGUGGAUGGGAGAGUGUGGGCCCCUCCCUCACCAUCCGCAGUGUACAUAUAUAUAUAAAUAUAUAUUAUAUUAAAAGCUAUCCGGAACAAAAAAAAAAAGUUUUUUUCUUCAAAGUUAUUCCAUGUUCCACUUGGCGAUGUGGUCCCUCAACCUGUGAACGGAUGGGGGUGUCGUAGAUCGCGUUGUUUGGUCCCCAUCACUUGUGGGGUCUGGGGGGAGGGGGGUGGGUGGUGUGGUGGAGAGAGGGGUGCGUUCUGGCCACCGAUGAACAACUGUCCAUUUUCUCCGCCCAAGAAAGGCGCAGAGUGCUGGAGUAAAUAAGUGGCUCGGGCGACAUCUCUGGAGAACGAGGGCCGGCAAAGUUUCGGGUCGGGACCCUUCCUCAGUUUGAGUUUGAGUUCGGUUUAUUGUCACGUGUACUGUGAAAAGCAUUUUGUUGCAUGCCAUCCUGUCAGUGGAAAGUCUGCGGAUUUCUGGGAGUCCAGAACCAGGGGCCACACACAGUUUAAGAAUAAGGGGUGAGCCAUUUAGAACGGAGACGAGGAAACACCUUUUCCACACAGAGAUUGGUGAGUCUGUGGAAUUCUCUGCCUCAGAGGGCGGUGGAGGCCGGUUCUCUGGAUGCUUUCAAGAGAGAGCUAGAUAGGGCUCUUAAAGAUAGCGGAGUCAGGGGAUAUGGGGAGAAGGCAGGAACGGGGUACUGAUUGGGGAUGAUCAGCCAUGAUCACAUUGAAUGGCGGUGUUGGCUCGACGGGCUGAACGGCCUACUCCUGCACCUAUUGUCUAUUGUCUAUUGUCUAUACAUGAUUAUAGUCGAGCAGGCAGUGUCCAGGGGUUCAGGGGGUGAGGAAAGCUGGAAGAGAGGAGGGGCAGGAUAACAUUUGGCAAGGAUUAGGUGUCAUAGAGUUGUACAGCGUGGAAACAGGCCCUUCGGCCCAUCUUGACCACACUGACCGAGAUACCCCAUCUACACAAUGGACAAUAGACAAUAGGUGCAGGAGUAGGCCAUUCGGCCCUACGAGCCAGCACCGCCAUUCAAUGUGAUCAUGGCUGAUCAUCCACAAUCAGUACCCCGUUCCUGCCUUCUCCCCAUAUCCCCUGACUCCGCUAUCAUUAAGAGCCCUAUCUAGCUCUCUUUUGAAAGUAUCCAGAGAACCGGCCUCCACCGCCCUCUGAGGCAGAGAAUUCCACAGACUCACCACUCUCUGUGAGAAAAAGUGUUUCCCUCUUCACCUAAAGGCACAAGUCCUACCUGUUUGGCCUUGUAACCCUCUAAACCUGUCCCAUCCGUUUACCUGUCCAGGUGUAUUUUACUGUGAUAGUCCGUCCCAGCCUCAACUACUUCCUCCAGCAGCUCGUUCCAUGCACCCACCACCCUCUGAGUGAAAAAGGGAUACAGGUGAGGAGGGCAUUUCGAUCGCUGGAAACUUUGUCCAGCUCCUCCGCACCUCCGCCUUUCCUUUCUCUCCGAAGAAGUACCUGGAGUAUUGCGUACAGUUUUGGUCUCCAAAUCUGAGGAAGGACAUUAUUGCCAUAGAGGGAGUGCAGAGACGGUUCACCAGACUGAUUCCUGGGAUGUCAGGACUGUCUUAUGAAGAAAGACUGGAUAGACUUGGUUUAUACGCUCUAGAAUUUAGGAGAUUGAGGGGGGAUCUUAUAGAAACGUACAAAAUUCUUAAGGGGUUGGACAGGCUAGAUGCAGGAAGAUUGCUCCCGAUGUUGGGGAAGUCCAGGACAAGGGGUCACAGCUUAAGGAUAAGGGGAAAUCCUUUAAAACCGAGAUGAGAAGAACUUUUUUCACACAGAGAGUGGUGAAUCUCUGAAACUCUCUGCCGCAGAGGGUAGUCGAGGCCACAGUU